GUAUAAUAACUUACAAUACUAAACCCAUGAUGCAUAAGCUGUUAAUUCAUGGGACUGGCUAAAGUGGAUUUAUAAAUGCUAAACUUUAAAGACUGGUCGGUUUUUCUCACAGUAAGCCCCAUCCUGGAAAGGUUUGCCUCUGUUAUUAACUAUAGGCACAUCAGUAGACCAACUGAAACUAAUGAACUGCUCAUUUGCAUGAAUACUUACAGGAGUAGAGCUAGUAACAGAACCCUAAAGUUGGUGUGCAGAUACUGUUGGGUUGGUACAAGUUUCAUCUUUGCUCUUUUGGAAAAGCUUUAUUGAAAUUUUAUACGAGUGUGAAGGGCCAUCCAUGGAGAUUACCAUUGCUGUUGGAAUCCACAGUUAUCUGCCCACCUGUGUGCAUGUGCCAUCUUCUCUUAUUUUUCUGUUGAUUUAAAAUUUGUCUGCAUUUGGUUUGUGAUGCAGUUGCUGUCCUGCAUACCAUAACACAGCUGUAAUGCACAAACCUUGCUUCUCUAUGUUGUCAGCCCGAAUCCUGCAGAGCAGGUGAUGUGUAGUGCACUCAGUUCUGGAUGUAGUCUAUACAGAGACGUGGUGAUUAGAAAUGAACCAAACCCCUGGCUUCAAAAAUAGAGAAAAUUAAGGAUUUUUGGAAAGCUAUGGAAUGUUUGCAAGAUGGAACAGAGCAGGCUGAGUGGCUGUUCCAUUGAAGGCUCAUUCCACUCUCCUCAAAAAGAUAUGGAUAAGAAAACGGAUGAAGAGCAGCCUCUGACUGUGUGUAGCCAGUACCCUAAAGAAGCAGUGAGGAAACGUCAGAACUCGGGUCGAGGUUCCAGGGGCAGCGACUCUUCCAGGACCUCCAGGAAAAGCUUCAGGCUGGACUACAGAUUAGAAGAGGAUGUCACUAAGUCAAAGAGAGGCAAAGAUGGGAAAUUUGUCAACCCAUGGCCAACAUGGAAAUCACCGACCUUGGCAAAUAUUUUGAAAUGGUCCCUCAUGGAAAAAAAUCACAGCAAUGUGCCAUGCUCGAAGCAGGAACUGGAUAAAGAGCUUCCCGUGUUAAAACCUUACUUUGUUCAAAAGCCAGAACUUGCUGGGAAGACAGGAACCGGUCUGCGAGUCACGUGGCUGGGCCAUGCUUCCGUUAUGGUGGAAAUGGAUGAACUUAUAUUCCUUACUGACCCCAUCUUCAGCCAGAGAGCUUCCCCCACUCAGCUGCUGGGUCCCAAGCGCUUCCGAGGACCUCCGUGCACCAUAGAGCAGCUCCCCAAGAUAGAUGCAGUCAUGAUCAGCCACACUCACUAUGAUCAUUUGGACUACAACACCGUAACGAGUUUGAAUGAACGUUUUGGGAGUGAGCUGCGCUGGUUUGUGCCUCUGGGGCUGUUGGACUGGAUGCAGAGAUGUGGUUGUGAGAAUGUGAUUGAACUGGACUGGUGGGAAGAGAACUGUGUCCCUGGUCACGAUGCGGUAACUUUUGUUUUCACCCCUUCACAACAUUGGUGCAAAAGGACUGCGACAGAUGAUAACAAGGUUCUUUGGGGCAGCUGGUCUGUCUUAGGACCAUGGAAUAGGUUUUUCUUUUCAGGAGAUACUGGAUAUUGUGUUGCUUUUGAACAGAUAGGCAAAAGAUUUGGACCUUUCGAUCUUGCAGCCAUCUCCAUUGGAGCUUAUGAGCCAAGGUGGUUUAUGAAAUACCAGCAUGUGGAUCCUGAAGAAGCAGUAAGAAUCCAUAUUGAUGUUCAAGCAAAGAAGUCUGUAGCAAUUCAUUGGGGGACCUUUGCUUUAGCAAACGAGUAUUACCUAGAUCCUCCAGUCAAACUGAAUGAAGCUCUUGAAAGAUACGGCUUGAAAAAAGACGACUUCUUUGUCUUAAACCAUGGAGAAUCACGGGACUUGAGUACAAAUGAUGGGUUUGAAUAAUGACACAGUAGCAGAUCCCCGUAAGCCCUGUUUGAUUUGAACUAGCAAUUAAUGUUACAAAUACUACUAAGCUGUACUUACAAAGUAGAUUUCUGGGGGGAUGAAUUGGAUUUGUAGAUGCUGGGUUUGUCGGUUACAGAACUAAAACUUGCAUAUACCAAUUUCAUCCUAAAUUUCACUAGUUAUAUUGUUUAUAAAUUUUGAGAGGUGAUCGAAGGACCAGCUAAUAUAUAAGGUGUUGUCUGGGAAUAACUUGCAGUUUCAUCUCUUCUGUGCACCACUGAUAAAUUACUGGGGUUUCGGGGGCUUUUUUGAACUCUUCAUCUUACCUGCAGCAGCAAUAACCUCAGUGCAGGACAUACCCUUAGAGUUAAUGGCUGACUUGAACAAGUUUGUGUUCAAAUGUCAUCUCCCACUUGUUAGUCAUUAAUCUUCAGGUUAUGCCCUGUACCUCGAUAGCUUCACUGUAUGUUUUGUGGGGUGGAGUCUUCCAAUACAGCUGUGUUGUUAAGCACAAGCACAGUCAAAGAAUGAUUUUACCGACUGCUUCUACAUUUUCAUAUACUGACGAACCACAAAAGCUGCAUUUUACAGUGAUCUAAAGAAACGUGCCUUUCAAAGACAGACAGAGUUUAAUAUUGUGUCACUCGUGUAACACUUACUGCUGGCCAGAGUAUUCUUUGUUUUGUCAUUGGUUUUAAGUUAGGCCUGAAUGUGUCUAAAAUAAUUUUCUUGUUAAAUGCAGUACCUGAAAUGGAAGAAUCCCUUAAUGGUGCUUGUCUUUGCAUUGACUCAGCCUAUUACUAAGUACUUUUAAGUGAAAUAUCUUGAGCAAGGGCUGUGGUAUUUUUUUCUUAUGGCUUCCCUGUAAUUUUUAAGUUGAAUGAGAGAUGACAACAUUGUUCAGUAUUGUAAAACUUGGCUAAAUGUAUCUGUAUCAAAUUGCCAUGCUAAUUUACAGAAUUAAAGCCUAUUGUUGCCAAUAAAAAGGGUUGUUAUUCUCCUUCAUGAUUCACUGGCAAAUAAUUUUUCUGUCGAUGACUUGGUUUGGUCUAUGGGAUAUGUGUAUUUUUUUUUUUUGCUCUUGCUGUGCAUUACAUUUUAUGUUCAUAAUCCAUGAAGCUAAAUAAAAAGACACAUUAUUUCCCGUCAAUUUAAAGACAUGAACUUCCAGCAACCAAUUCAAAUCAGGUAACGAGAUUUCACGCUAGGAGCAAACUGAAGGAAUCUUUUAACUGUUGACAGUUAUCUUAAAAAUGUGUAUUGGGAAGUCCUACAAGUCUUACAGAUCUUAAUACCGACAAAAAACAGCACAAGGAGGCAAAGAUCCAUUAGUCCAAGUUCAUGCUCAGGGAGGGUUCAGGAACAGAGAGUUACACUUACAUGUAAGAAAAUGUAGCUUAUAUUCCUUUGGUGAGAUUUGUAUUUGACAAAGGUCAAGAUGUCUUUAUUUGAAAAGGCUCUUCUAGUGUGGCUUAGAUGUAUUCACCAGAAUUUGUUCACAACCGGUUUAAAACUACUCUCAGUUAUUCGGUGUUCAUUUCGGGAGGGUAUUGCAGGGGAAAUCUCUAUUGGGCCUCUUAUUUACACAAUAGCUUCAAUAAUAAAUUGGAUAAUAAUAAUAUAAUGCCUAUCUCAUGUUCAUAAUACCGCAGAAGACGCUAAGCUGCAGGGUGCUUUGAGUACUUUGAAGGGCAUGGUUAAAACUGAAGUGUUUUGUUUGUUUGUUUUCCUGUUUGCAAAAUCAUCAGUUGACUCUUCUGUAAAAUUCUGUACUUUGGACAGAAAGAAUGAAACACAGAACACUGAGAUAAGGAGCCACAGAGCAGAGAAGUACUGACUUAGGAGGAUCAGAGACUAAGUGUCAGUAAUGGCAUACAUUUCGGUUUGGAUCUAUUCACUCACAGCAUUUGUGCAUAGAAUGGUGUCUCUUACACUUGGCUUGAUGCUGAUAGGAUUCCAUCUAGAGUGUGAGAUAAAAAAGUUAGACAUUCUGGUGUGAAGACACUUUGGAGUCUUGCAUGAUUUCAAAACGUCUCAACAGCGUUGUUCUAUGAAGAAAGCAUUUACUGUAACAAGGUUUCAUGUACUUUGUUUCAUGUACCUUUAGAAAAGGGGACAGUGGUUACUUGUUUCUGUCAGCUGUCAAAACAAAGGAUAAUUUAAUUAUCAAAAGGAUGAUAUCUGAAAAACUUCAGGUCAGAGAACAUGGAAAGGGACAUGUAAGCAUCUCCACUGCUGAGCUUAAGAAGACAUAGAACAGACUAGUCUAAGUUCUCAUCAGAAGAGAGAGGUGAGAUGAUUGGUAAAUUCAUUGUGUCUGACCCAGCAUUUGUUUUUCCUUGUUAAAUACAGAAGCAGAAAAAAAUUAAGUCUACAGAAAGCGGCAAAACAUUAUUUGUAACUUGCUUAUUCCAAAAUGAACGGUGGUUUUGGAGCAGUGGGAAGGAGAAAGGGAAGUUCCGUGUCAACGCAGCAAUUGUCAGGGUUCUGACUGGGAAUCAGGCCAACUUCUAUUUCUGCCACGAUUGUAUUCCUGAGGAGUUAAAACUACUCAGGCAGAUGAAUUGGAUACAUGCAGCUUUACCCCCAUAUUGAUCAGGGCGUGCUGUAUUAUCAAGGUCACAUUUUUCUUGCAGCUUUAGCUAUUUGCAAAGUUGCCUACUGAAAAUAAAUAUCUAUUGAAUUACAGAAAGAGGCGAGAGUAAUCAUUUAGUAGGAGCAGAUUGGGUACAGUAACUCGGCAAGGUGAAGCAUCUGGUAAGAGUUCAGGUAAAACAGCUCUCUUAAAAAUGGUACAAGGGUGGAAACCUUGUUUUCUAGCUUUUUAUAGCUGAUACUUUUUACUUGCUCUAUGAUGCGCUAUUCAGGAAGCUUUAAGAGUCUUGGUUUAGUAUGAAGUAUUUUCCAGUAUGUUUUACGUUCAUCAACGAAACUUCCUUCAGGUUCUUUCACACGAUGUUUGUACAUUCUCCACUUCAUUCUGAAUUAACAGUGGAUCGAUGACUGAAACUUUACAGGGGCUGACUCAACAGCAGCACUUAUUCUGAUGAUGUUCCAGUUGCAGAGAAAAAGGAGUAAAACUCCCCAAGGAAAACAGGCUCAGGGACUGCUACAGAACAA